GUGCGCCCCGAAGUUGAACGCAGGCGGCUUUUAUGGAAACCGAAUGCCGGAUGCAAAUAACGGCGCUCGAGGAAGUCAGUUAAUGGAGGAAGCCGCAGCAGCGUCCACUUCUUAUUCGGGCCAUUGCUCGUCUUCGUCUGGGGCGGAGCACCUGCCUUGUUAUCAGUUCGGGUUGCAACAGACCCCGGGUGGCGACCUCCUGCGCUCUUCCUCGAACGAUUGUCCGGUUGGUCCCCAGAAAGGCCGGGGCUUUAGCGGUGUUUUUACUCCGACCUUACUCCCGAGGAGGACCGAAGAUUCAUACUUUGGAGACAAAAGUUCUCAUACAGAAAAUGUUAGCACAGUCAAUUUGACAAGUCCUUCUUCAACUAGAGGUUUAAAUAAUGCACGGACAGGAAAAACACCAUUCUCUUCUAAUAGAUCGGGGCAUAGAAAUUGGACUCCUUUCAGAGGAUAUUCAGUUACAUCAUCAUCAUCGAUAUCAGUUCAUAAUGCUGCAUCCGUUAUUGUAGCUGUAAUAGAAGGGAGAGGUCUUGCUAGAGGUGAAGUGGGAAUGGCAAGUGUUGACUUAAAAAAUCCUGAGGUGGUGCUGUCUCAGUUUGCAGACAAUACAACAUAUGCCAAGGUUAUCACAAAACUCAGAAUUUUAACACCCUUAGAAAUAAUAAUGUCAAACACUGCAUGUGAUGCAGGAAAUGCAACAAAAUUGUUCAGCUUGAUAACAGAAAAUUUCAAGAAUGUGACUUUUACUACAGUGCAAAGAAAAUACUUCAGUGAAAGUAAAGGCUUGGAAUACAUUGAACAACUGUGUACCCCUGAAUUCAGUACUGUCCUUAUGGAAAUUCAGUCUAAGUAUUACUGCUUGGCAGCUGUUGCAGCUGUGCUGAAAUAUGUUGAGUUUAUUCAAAAUUCUGUUUAUGCUCCUAAGUCACUUAAGAUUCGUUUUCAUGGAAGUGAGCAAACAGCAAUGAUUGACUCCACAUCAGCCUUGAAUCUUGAGUUAAUAACUAACAACAGAGAUCCUAGGAAUGGUCAUACUCUUUUUGGCGUUCUAAAUUAUACUAAAACACCAGGUGGAAGUCGAAGACUUAGGUCUAAUAUUCUAGAGCCUCUUAUUGAUGCUGAUACGAUUAACACCAGACUGGAUUCUGUCCAGGAGCUCCUCCAGGAUGAGGAACUCUUUUUUGGCCUUCAGUCAGUUAUUUCAAGAUUCCUGGACACUGAACAACUACUUUCAGUUUUAGUACAAAUUCCAAAACAGGAUACGGUUAAUGCCUCUGAAUCAAAAAUAACAAAUUUAAUCUAUCUGAAGCAUACUUUGGAGCUUGUAGAGCCUCUUAAGGAUGCUCUAAAAAGCUACAUGACACCGUUAUUAAAGGCUUACUGUAGUUCUCUGGAAGACAAUAGGUUUGGAAUCAUUCUUGAAAAGAUUAAAACCGUCAUUAAUGAUGAUACAAGAUAUACAAAAGGGUGCUUGAAUAUGAGAACUCAGAAGUGCUAUGCAGUGAAGCCUAAUAUCAAUGAAUUCCUUGACAUAGCACGAAGAACAUAUACUGAAAUUGUGGAUGAUAUAGCAGGAAUGAUAACACAGCUUGCAGAAAAAUACAACCUUCCUUUGAAAACAAGUUUUAGUUCAGCUCGGGGAUUUUUUAUUCAGAUGAAUGCUGACUGCCCAGCCAUACACAGUGGUCUGCUUCCUGCAGAAUUUACUAAGAUUACUAAAGUAAAAAAUGUAUAUAGUUUUACUUCACCAGAUUUAAUGAAAAUGAAUGAAAGAUGCCAGGAAUCCUUGAGAGAAAUUUAUCACAUGACAUACUUGAUAGUGUGUAAACUACUGAGUGAAAUCUAUGAGCAUAUUCAUUGCCUUUACAAACUGUCUGAUACAGUGUCUAUGCUAGAUAUGUUGCAGUCAUUUGCCCAUGCAUGCACACUCUCUGAUUAUGUGCGCCCAGAAUUUACAGACACCUUAGCAGUAAAACAAGGGUGGCAUCCUGUUCUAGAAAAAUUAUCAUUUGAGAAACCUGUACCUAACAAUACGUAUAUUACAGAGGGAAGUAAUUUUAUCAUAAUUACCGGACCAAAUAUGAGUGGCAAGUCAACUUAUCUAAAACAGAUAGCCCUCUCUCAAAUUAUGGCACAAAUUGGAUCUUUUGUUCCAGCAGAAUAUGCUUCUUUUAGAAUUGCUGAGCAGAUAUUUACUAGAGUAGGUAUGGAUGAUGAUUUAGAAACAAAUUCAUCAACAUUCAUGAAGGAAAUGAAAGAGAUAUCAUAUAUCAUACAAAAUGCUAAUGACAGAUCACUUAUCAUAAUUGAUGAACUUGGCAGAGGCACCAGUACUGAAGAAGGCAUUGGCAUAUGUUAUGCAGUCUGUGAAUAUCUUCUGAAAUUAAAGGCAUUUACGCUGUUUGCUACUCAUUUCUUGGAAUUAUGUCAUAUUGAUAUCUUAUAUCCCAAUGUGGAAAACAACUACUUUGAAGUGCAGCAUGUGAGAAGGAAUACUGGAGAUAUGGAGAGAAUUGCUUAUACUUAUAUUCUUUCAAAAGGACAAACAGAGGAAAAGAAUUAUGGGAUAAAAGCUGCAGAGCUCUCCUCUAUUCCACCAUCAAUAAUAUUGGAUGCAAGGGAGAUUGUAACACUUAUUGCUAGACAAAUUUUGCAGCAGCAAAGUACUCCAGAAACAUUAAAGGAACGGGCUAUACAUCACUUGGGAAGUAGACUGGUACAGACUGCACGCAAUUCCCGAUUGGAUCAAGGCACCUUGCGAAUAUACCUGAAGGGACUGAAGAAAAAGUAUGAGGCUGAGUGCAUUAUUUCUGAACAAGUAGCUACUAAAAACCAGUAGUAAUUUACAAUUCUAAAGUCUAACUAAUAUAGUUAGUCUGGAAAUAUGUUCCCUUUCAUACACAUGAUAAGAAUUCUCUUCAAAAUGCAUCAUACUCAAGUGUUCUCUAUUUUCUUUGCAUCUACUAAUAUGUACUUAUAUCAGUUUUGCAGGACUCACAUUCUUAUUUAAAUAGGAGUAUUAAAAGGAGCACUAUGCUAUUAGAAUUAUGAAGCUAUUAUGUUUCAUUUUAAGGGAACAUAAAUGUCACACCAAACUAAAUUUAAGAUUUAUUCUUCUGCAUUUCUCAAAGGUCUUAUUAGCAAAAAAUCCUUCCCCCACUACUGGUAUUUAUUUGGUCAUUGUCCUAGUUAAGCAAUUGAAAUGUUACAAGGAAACACUUGCACAAAUAAAAAAGUGUUCAUAAUUAACUCAGUUGUAAGUAAGGAGGUAGCAUGAGUAAAAAGGACUUCUCUAUCCAGUAUGUUUAUGCUGUUAACAUCUGAAUUUUUUAAUGUCUGAGAAGCAUUUUGAUAAGUUAAUAUACUUUUCUUUGUAUUGUUUGUCUUAGUAACUGUUAUAGUACUUUUUCUUGUAAUUUUCUUGUAAUUUUAUGGCUGAACUAACAUUGUAGAUCAUGUUACUAAUUUAAAAAGUGAACAUUUCUAUAAUGCAUUUCUGGAGUGACCACAUAAUGAAUCUGUUGUUAACCAUAUCAAGAGGUCCAUCACCUUGCAAAUCACAGCUUUUGUCCAGGAAGAGUUCCAUCUCGUUACAACAUUCAAAUAUAUUCUCUCUUGUUUCCCUUUUCUUCAUAGUGCACAGUUAUAUUAUGUAGCAGUGGAAACCUAGUUUUUAAAGCUGUCUGUUUUGAAGAGACUUCUUGGGAUUGUCAUUCUGCACUCAAUACUGGCACACCAGAUCUCAUGCAAAUUCAUACUAAGGCAUAGAAAAAUAUCACACAUUAUUAAGGAAUUUUUUUGAACAUUGACUGGUUAAUAUACAUAACAUACACAACUGGUUAUUAUACAUAGCCUUCACAUGAUUUUGAAGAAUAUUAGUUCAUCAGAGAUAUUUUAUAUAUUGCUAACCAAUAGUUUAGGUGAAAAUUAUGCACAGUAACAGUAUAGUGUUUUAAGUUCUCUGUUUAUGCUGUCUGUUUUUACACAUAUUAUUUCUGCUUAUGCACUUUCUCCAUUUAAUGUACACUUCCCUCAACAUAUUCAUUUAAUGAUGUUUUCAUGCUUUCUACAACUUCAGAAUGGCUAUUAAAAUGCCCUCUCAAAUCUCCAAAGGAGUGAUUUGCAUUAGCACUAUGGCUUUUUCUUCAGCUAUCUUCUUCUUUGACUUCUAGUUCACCCUUAACAUGUUUGAGGCUGCAGUUUGUUCUUAAAAGGAGUUAAAUGUUUUAAAUAAAAAUGAAAGGUGUUU